AUGUUUUCCGGAUUCGGCACCGACUUCUUCUCCGGAACACCCUUCCAGCCCCAAAACACCCGUUUUGAAGAUUUCUUCCGCUGCUACCCGGUCGCAAUGAUGCCGGACAAUAUCAGAAAAGACGACUCCAAUUUCGGUGGCAAAGUGUUUCUCCCGCCGUCGGCAUUGAGCAAGUUGACAAUGCUUCACAUCAGGUACCCGAUGUUGUUUGAAUUGACCAAUGAUGCUGCUGGUAUUACUACACAUAGUGGUGUUCUAGAGUUUGUAGCUGAAGAGGGUAGGGUAUACAUUCCUCAGUGGAUGAUGCAGACGCUUCAAUUGCAACCUGGGUCGCUUAUCAAGAUCGCAAGUUGCGACUUGCCCAAUGGUCUGUUCGUGAAGCUCGAGCCGCAGCUGGUGGACUUCCUAGACAUAUCUGAUCCAAAGGCCGUUCUAGAGAAUGCGCUCCGGAAGUUUUCCACGUUGACAGUAAACGAUAUCGUAGAAAUUGACUACAACGAUACCAAGUAUGGCAUUAAGAUCUUGGAAGUCAAGCCCGAGUCUGCCAACCACGGUAUUUGUGUGGUGGAAACUGACUUGGAGACCGACUUUGCUCCGCCUGUGGGCUACGUAGAACCUGAGAGAAAGCCCGCGCGCGAGGCCGGCCCACAAACCCCGAAAAACGUCAAGGCUAGCGCAGGCGCAGGAACCAUGGCUCACUCCAUUGGGUAUGCCGCUAUGGUCUCAGAGGGUAACACCCAUGUGUCAUUCCAUGGCGCGGGACAGAAAUUGUCAGGGAAGGAAGUUAAACAAGAGAAGAAGAGUAUUUCUAUAGAUGACUUGGAUCAAGACGCUGCUCCCGUGCCAUUGGAGCUCCCGGAGAACCAGAUUUUCUUGGGCUGGCCUGUGAAAAUAGCGGUUGACACCGAGGCGGAAGCGAACAAGAAGGCAGAUGAUGAGCCAGUGUAUCACGGAGAGGGAAAAACAUUGAGACAGAGUAAAAAACGUACCACUGCGACUUCUGGCGCCAGCGCGCCCUUGAAGAACCACUCACGAAGCCCUGACUAUAUUGAGAUUGAUGACUAA